UCUCUGCGCUUAAAAGUUAUGGAGGCUCUACAGUUAAUUUGUAGAUCCUCUAUAAUUUCUUAAUCCAGCGGCGGCUUGAAAAUUUGAUUCUUUAUAAUUUCUUAAUCCAGCGGCGGCUUCAAAAUUUGAUUAAAGUACACGGCAGUGUUAUUGACUUUUCAUUGAAAUGUGCUAUAAAAGAAGAGAAGAAGAAUCCUUCGAGGGAGAAAGAAAGAUAGAAGUUAGGAGAAAAUAAUCAGAAUUAUGCCGAAGCUACCAACGGCAAAUGUUAUUGGUGGGACGAACAAGCCUGCAAAUCUACUUACAACGCAAAGGGUAGUAAUAAUUUCCUUGUUCUUCACGGUGGGAUCUUCAUGCUUGCUUCUUUAUCAUUCGGCAUAUCCUUUCGAGUUCUUGCCUAGCUAUGACAAUCUUAUAUCACCAUUCAUCAAAUCUCGGCAAGCAAACCCUUCCGACUCUGAACUGGAAAAAGUUCUAGCGAAAGCUGCAAUGAAAGACAAGACAGUGAUCGUAACAACAAUGAACCAUGCAUGGGCAGAGCCUAAUUCUAUAUUUGAUAUAUUUUUGGAGAGUUUUCUGAUUGGAAAUGGAACGCGUAAAUUUUUAGAUAAUUUAGUGGUAGUUUCAAUGGAUGCAAAGGCACAUGCUCGUUGCGAAUCCAUUCAUACUCAUUGUUAUGCUCUCAUCACUACUGGCUUUGAUUUUUCCAAUACUGAAGCUUAUUUCAUGACCCCAAUUUACUUCGAAAUGAUGUGGAUCAGGACUCGCCUUUUGGCUACUAUCGUCCAGAUGGGCUACAACUUUGUAUUCACGGAUGCUGACAUUGUUUGGCUUCAAGAUCCAUUUCCACAUUUUUACCCAGAUGCAGAUUUCCAAAUUGCAUGCGAUAACUUCAAAGGCAACCCAUCCGAUUUACACAAUUCGCCAAAUGGAGGAUUUAUCCAUGUUAAAACAAACAACAAAACAAUUGAAUUUUAUAAGUUUUGGUACUCUUCUAGAUUAACAUAUCCAGGUUUGAAUGAACAAGAUGUCCUCAAUAAGAUCAAAUUUAACCCACGCGUUACCGAGAUUGGAGUCGCAAUUAAAUUUCUGGAUACAAAAUAUUUUGGUGGAUUUUGUCAGCACGGUGAAGAUUUUAACCUUGUUUCCACCAUGCAUGCAAAUUGUUGUUUUGGUCUACAGAGCAAAAUUCGAGAUCUUAAUCUUGUUCUUGAGGAUUGGAGAAGGUUUAUGCGGUUGGCUCCUGAUAAGAAAGCACAAAAUCAGAUUUCUUGGAGCGUUCCCAAAAAUUGCAGUAUCAGAGACUUCCAUCCUCCUCCUUCUCCUCCUCCGCCUCCUCAGAUGAAUGCUUGAGAUGGCAAUAAUCAGACGUCAUAACUUUAAGUUCUUUUCGCCUGUUGGAUGAAUCAACAAUAAAUUAAACUUGUGUUUAUUAUUAUUGUCAGUACUUCUUCUAUUUGUCAACAUAAAAUUUGUCUCGUUUCUACUAUUUUGAACCGUGCAUUAGAAUUUUGAAUUCCUAAUUUUGAAAUAAAUCAAUUAGUGUUGUGUUCAA